UAGUGAUAGAAGAAGAGACAGCCGCUUGGUUACGAAGAAUUGAGCAGUGUUUGGAAGUGUCGUAAUGUCGGCUUUACUAUGCCUCAUAGCGGGAUUGGUAUCGUUUUAUGUGUUAGUUUAUUACUGUGUGUUCAGAUCCGCGAGAUGCUCCAGUUCAGUGAAGCUUAAGGGCAAGACGGCCAUUGUUACAGGAAGCAACACUGGCAUUGGUAAGUCCACAGCUUUGGAGCUGGCGAAACGAGGAGCCAGGGUGAUCCUGGCCUGCCGUAACAAGGAGAGAGGAGAGGCUGCCGCUUACGACAUCCGCAGAGAGAGCGGCAACAACCAGGUGGUGUUUAUGCAUCUGGAUCUGGCGAGUCUGAAAUCUGUUCAGAGCUUUGCUGAAACCUUCCUGAAGACCGAGCCCAGACUGGACAUCCUCAUUAACAAUGCAGGUGUGAUGGGCCUGGGAUGUACAGAGGAGGGUUUUGGUAUGGCGUUUGGUGUGAACCAUCUGGGCCACUUCCUGCUCACCAAUCUCCUCCUGGAGCGGCUAAAGCAGUGUGGUCCCAGUAGAGUGGUCACAGUGGCUGCACUGCUGCACCGCCUUGGAACCAUUGACUUCUCUUUGCUUACUUCCCAGAAAGAUUUGGUGUCAGGUCAGUCUACCUGGGACAGCUUUCAGGCCUACUGUAACAGCAAACUGUGUAAUGUGCUUUUUACCAGGGAGUUGUCCAACAAACUGGAGGGCACCAGUGUCUCCUGCUACUGCCUGCACCCAGGAGUCAUCUACACAGAGCUGGGUCGCAGUAUGAGCCUGUGGCUGCAGCUUCUCAUGAUGCCCUUUGCAAAGCUGUUCUUCCUCAGCCCUGAGGGGGGGUCACAGACCACCCUUUACUGCGCUCUACAAGAGGGCAUUGAGCCCCUCAGUGGACGCUACUUCUCCAAUUGUGCGCUGCAACAAGUAGGAGUCAAAGCUCGAGAUGAUGCCCUGGCAAAGAAGCUGUGGGAAGUGAGUGAGAGGUUAUCUGGCUUAUCAUAAAAGAAUCCAGAAAAAUUCAAGGACUCUGAAUACUUUGUAACAUAGAGACGAUACCACACCUUUGGUUUUAUUAUGUGCUAUUGCUGGGCUGAUGGAAUGUCAGGUCUUAAGGUUCUCUGGCAUUGUGCUAUAAUUUCAACAUGGGGACCAUUUUAGAUUCUCAAGUGAAUAAUAUGUUCUUACAUGUUUUUUAACUGUUGUGUAGAAAGAAUAUUCUACAGUAUGUGUAUGUGUCAUGUUGUUUUGUAUUAAUGAAGUAGAUAUGUUUUAUCAUUAAAAAUCAUCUCUGCGUCUCA